AUGCGCCGAAAUCACGGUCUCCUGUUAUCGCUUUCGACGUGUCUGACGAUAGUCUUCGUCGUUCUGAACACGUGGUCGUCCACAGAAUUACUCGGGUCCGCGAUUACCAACGAGAAACGUAGCGUGUUGAAGAACCAGGAAGCGUCACGUGUCGAUGAUCGAUGGAUUACUCGGAGCCAGACGAACCGGUACAUUACUCCGUCGCUCGCUGAAUUGGGCAAGUUGCCAUACAAGCACAAACACAUUCUCAUGUUGACACGCAUACCCGGUGCGGGCGGCGAGUUGAUGGUGCUGAUCCUGCAGCGGUUACAAGGAUACAACGCUUUCAAACACAUACGUUUGCCGCCGGGUGAUAAUGGACUCUUGUCAAGUUCACAGCAGGAGUUGAUGGUAGAAGAGAUUACAAGUAUCAUCAGACAAGAAGCUAUUCCUUUAACUUUUGAUGGGGAUGUAAGAUUCUUAAAUUUCUCGGAAUUUGGACGGCAAGGACCUACUUUUAUAUCUCUAGUGAGAAAUCCCUUGGAUCUACGGAUUUGGCAAAAGUAUAAAAAAAGAGAGGUACAUUAUUAUGGAGUUAUACCUUAUUUUUGUGGACAGGAUCCGCGUUGUAUGGAACAAAAUAAUACAUGGGCAAUGGAACAAGCUAAAGCAAACGUUAUUCGAUGGUAUCCUGUUGUUGGUAUAUUAGAUUACAUGGAGGAAUCGCUAAAUGCAUUUGCAGUUGAAUUUCCCUAUUUUUUUAAGGGUGCUAUCCGUGUCUAUGAUCAUUUUCGACCAAAAGAGAAGCAUCCGGUAAUUUCUUCGGCAACUUCAAGGCUACAAGUCAAAGAUACAACCUUGAGAAAAGUGCUUGCACAAGAGGUAGAAUUUUAUCAAUGGUUAAAAUCUCGACUUCUCAAUAAAACAUUCAACAACGGAUGAAAAUACUAUCUGAUGAGGAUAGAUAAAUCAACUGCAAUUAAAUAAAUCUUGAAUAACA